GCCUCGGCGCACAGCACCAUCCCAAGCGGGCAGCCUCGCCGCCCGGGUGCUCUUCCGCCGCAGCUGCAGGUUGCUCCUGUGGAUGCUGCUCCGAGGCUCCGCGGCUGCUUCCUGUCCUCGCUCAAACAAGGCUCACAAGCAGGAAGGCCCAGAGUUUGGCGAACUUGAGUGAGAUAAUCUUCCUGUAGUCCCUUGUGCUGAAGGAUGAUGUAACUGCGGAGCAUCUACCAAAACCACCAUGGGCGCUAACACUUCCAGCAAGUCACCGGCCUUUGAUGAGAAUGGAGAUGUUACGUUUGACCAUUUUGAAAUUUUGAGAGCCAUUGGGAAAGGCAGCUUUGGAAAGGUAUGCAUCGUCCAGAAGAAUGACACCAAGAAAAUGUAUGCAAUGAAAUAUAUGAACAAGCAGAAAUGUGUGGAGCGGAAUGAAGUGCGGAAUGUCUUCAAAGAGCUACAGAUCAUGCAAAGCUUGGAACACCCUUUUCUUGUGAACUUGUGGUACUCAUUCCAGGAUGAAGAAGACAUGUUUAUGGUGGUGGAUCUGCUCCUUGGAGGAGACUUGCGUUACCACCUGCAACAAAAUGUCCGCUUCCAAGAGGACACAGUGAAGAUAUUCAUCUGUGAGAUAGGAUUGGCGCUAGAGUAUCUGAAGAGCAGGAACAUUAUCCACAGGGACAUAAAACCUGAUAACAUCUUGCUGGAUGAACAAGGACAUGCACACAUCACCGAUUUCAAUAUUGCCACAGUGAUAAGUAAAGACACUCAGGUUACCAACAUUGCUGGCACAAAACCAUAUAUGGCACCUGAGAUGUUCAGUUGUACAAAAGCUAAUGGCUAUUCCUAUGCUGUUGACUGGUGGUCAUUGGGAAUUACAGCCUAUGAACUUCUUAGAGGCCGGAGGCCAUAUCAUAUCCGCUCUAGCAAUGCUCCAAAUGAAAUCGCCCACGUGUUCAAGACAGCCACGGUCAUGUAUCCUGCAGCUUGGUCAAAGGACAUGGUGUCCCUGAUUCAAAAGUUAUUGGAGAUAAAUACAGAGGAAAGGUUUUCUCAGCUGUCUGAUAUCCAGGACUUUCCUUAUUUGGCUGAUAUUAACUGGGAUGCUGUUCUUCAAAAGAGAGUAGAAUCUGGAUUCCUUCCUACUAAAGGGAAGUUGAACUGUGACCCAACUUUUGAACUUGAAGAAAUGAUCCUUGAGUCCAAGCCACUUCAUAAGAAGAAGAAGCGCCUGGCCAAAAAGGAGAAGGAAAGCAGCAAAAAUGAUUCCUUGGAGACCUGCCAACUUCAGAAACACCUGGAGACAAUCCAAAGGGACUUCAUCAUUUUCAACAGAGAAAAGAUGAGGCAACAGCAUAACGAAAUGCAAGACAACUUGAUGCUGGCACAAACCAAAGACAACCAGGCAGAAGACGAUCAGAAUAAUAAUAUUUGAAGUCAGUUUAGCUGUUCCUUGGGUACACUAUCAAAGGUUGAGGCUUCUACUUUAGCUACUUCAUGGGGCUUGAUAAAUAACAUUGCACACUGCUAUCCAAAAAAGGCAGAUACCUUGAUAUGGGCCUUCAGACUAGAAGCUGAGUGUCUCCUUCCACCGUAAGGAAUUAGGGCCUAGUAAAUAAGGCAUAGAUUCUUAGAUUUAUGCUUUUUCUGAUCUUUAGGGAAAGCGCUUGACCAUAAAGGGGAAAAUACGGUAUUUUUUCCAUAAGGAAAGAACAGUGGAGAAAGGUUAAGUUCCUAUACUCUUUAUGUAGCAUUUCUGUUGGGGUUGCUGAUUGCUGGGUUCAGUCAACUACAUGCAGGGAAGCAUAAAAGUUCUUGAUUCAGGGUUUACCAGGAGAGUGGCUGCAUAUUUCAAAGAUGAUUCACAGAAAUUGGCCUGAACGACAAUUGCACAUCUAUAAUGCACAUGAAGUCCAACGUAAAAAUCAACUUUUUCAGUAACUGCGCUGAUCUAAUGUUUACAUUCGCUAUACCAGCAGAAAAUACACAGAAAGGGGAAAUGAUAUUCUUGGUGGUAGGCUUUCUCACUCCUGGCAAUGCAGGAAAACCAGCUUUCUAAGGUUAAUUCAGUGUAACAGCAAAUGGGAAAUCUGAGUGUGAGCCCAUAGAAGUGUUGUGUAAGUUGGAAAGUGAACCUGGCAGCAAGUUCAAAGCAGGCUGUGACUCGCUAAGAUAGUCCAACAGGACCUGCUUAUGGACAGAACUUACCAGCAAGUGCUACAGAUAAUUCUUCUCUUCGCAGGAGGCAGCGUAGGGUGGAUCUUUAAUCUUAUGUUUUAAAAGUUUGCAUCUUUCAGGAAUAAUCUGAGUGCUGGUUAUUCUUGCCAUUUCAUAAAGCACCACAUUAUCUUGUUUUAUGGCUCUUAAGACCAGCGUGAUGUACUCCAUACAGUUAAGUGUGAUGCUGCAGCUUUGUAGUCUUAGGUUGCAACUUGUUGUGGGAUGUGGUCUGACCUGUGAGCAGCUGCCAAAAGUCAGACUCAGGGAAGUGUGGUGGGAGGGCACAUACCGAACACUAAAAUUAGAUAAGGCUACUUUUUGAUAGUAAUGAGAAUACUUCUUUAAGGGAAACAAAUGCACUUAAAAUUCACUUAGUUUUAGCUCUGUCCUGCUUCUUCCUCCCCGGGUUCUUUUCUUCCCAAGCUAAGAGACAGGCAGCAGAGGGACUGAAUAGUGCAUGGAUGUCAAAUUCAAGCCCAAUAGCCUUUGAUUCCUGUCCAAAUCUUAUUUUCAAUUUAAGUCAAAAUAGGUUGUGUGAUGUACCACCAUUCUGAGCCUAACCGUUCUCUGAUGGCCUUCCUUUUUCAAGCGAAAAUGCUCUCCAUGUAUAUUUUUUUUUCAAAAGCAAAAGCAAAAAGCCCACAAUCUACACAAAAGCCAGCAGACAUAAUCCCGUACUUUAAAGUCCCACUGAUUUUAUUGGAAGAGUUGAAAGUUGGCUGGAUUGUGUCCAUUUUUAAAAUUUUGUCCUAUGGAAGCAAGACAUGGAUGUGCUCAUUGUCCAUUUGGAUAACCUAGUAAGCAGUUCCAACUUCGUUUCAGGCCAUAAUGUUUAUAGGCUCCCUGGAUACCUCCCAGGUAUACAAAUUGCAUUCAUUUAGUAGUUGGCUUCAGUGGAAUUUGCUUCUGGAAUAUGUAGUUUCACACAAGCUCAGAGAAGCACCUGCAAUGGAGGGGGGGAGGUAGAAACCCAUCUUUCUCUGGGCAGUUUUAAUCAGAAGUGGAAUUGCUGCCUUUAACAUUUAGAUAAAUAGACCUCUGUCCUGUAAAACCUUCUGGUUGUCACUGCAUAUCACUCAUUUAUGCACACCCCCUACAGAAAAUAAUCUUCAAUAUACUUUUCAGCCAAAAAUGUUGCCUUUCUUCCACCAAAGCAGACCUUGGUGGCUGGCGGUGACUCAGGUUUCCGGCUGCUUUCAGCCAAGGUCUAGCACAUUCUUGAUAUGUAAGUUUCAGAAUUAAACCAAACAGAUGUGGAAUUCUUUUAGGAACAAAGCUGAGUGUCUGGAAGGUCGUUGGCAUCAGCAGAGUGACUCCCAUAUCUGAUAUGAUUACACUCAAGAAAAAACAGUGCCUUCCAUGGCUAGGGCCAAACAUCAUACCUGGUUCCUUUUGUAUUCAUUGCAGCAGUCUGUCAUAACUCUUUCUUCUGUAGCCUCAGCAGGAAUGACUUUAUAGAGAGUUAGCUCAUCCCUGGACAGCAAUGUUUAUAAUCUAAUCAAUUUACCCUUCCAUCAGUAAGGGUAGAUUAAGUAGAAUAAAUACCAACUUUCUGAGUAAGUUUUAUGGCUGCUUUAUUCCUAUAUUGUACCUUGAAUCUUGUACAGCCAAGAUGGCCAGCUGGUGGUCCCCAGAUGGCAUCUUGCCUGCCAUCAUUCUGCCUGGCCUGCUGCACCAGGUUGAAUGUUCGAGGCAUGGCUUGUUACCUGGCAGAGGCGCAUCCUCAUCCAAAGAAAUUGGUCUUGACUAUUGUUCGGCACCAACAUCUAUAGCCCCUUAAAGCAGCUUUUGCACGGCUUUCUGGACACCUGAUGAAAGCAUCACACUGGAUAUACAUGCAAGUGCUAUACUACCUGCGUUCCAAUUUUAUUCACAUGUAACAUGUAGGAGGAAGAGCAUUUGGGGAGACGUGUCUUCCUUGGUGAGGAAGGGCACAGGAGGAUUCACAAAAAUGGUAUGUUUACAAGAGCAGGGAACAGCUUUGUUGAUCUUUGCCCCCACUCCUUUAAAAGAGGACACUUUUCCUGAUUCAUACAUUGUAAACACUGCUGUUAAUAUCACCUUCAGCCCUCCUUUGAAACAGGAAUACCAGUUGUGGGAAGACUGUGUUUUCUUGCAACUCCAAAAUGUGAACUCAGCAUUACACUAAACAACAGAUUAAAUACAUGCACAUUUAAAAAACAAAACAAAAAACUACUUUCACAGUAGCAGAUCCAGACUGGGACCGUGAGUUUUAACUCUUUCUUGACUCAUCCACUCCAUGGCCCAUCUCCCAAUGGGAUUCUUCGGGAUCUUGCAUUUGCAUCAUAGCAGGUGUUUCCCAGGACAACGAGCAGGCUUGAGCUGGAGGUGGGAUGUUCAUCAGGAAAGCAGCACUUGGGGAAAGAACUAACCCUACCUCAAGUUGCUUUUUGAAAUUAAAUUGCCCCAUCGUUCAUUUAAAAUAUGCUUAGUUCAAUCCUUAUUGAAAAAAUGUGUUUUCCAGCAAUAGAAGCAGGUGCACAACUUCAUUAAUUGGGCAGUUCAAUAAUUAUGCACCGAGUCAGAGAAAUGGCUAACAAAACCCUAGAUUUAAGAAGUCAUGAGCUGUGAAAUAUUUUGGUGAUGACAUGGUUAAAAAAACCCUGAUUGUUUGUAUUUAAAGGAUUGAAGGGUUUCAGGUUUGAACAAACCAUUUUCCCCAAGAAAAUGCUGACUGAUAAACUUGUGUUCAAGACCACAGUGCAAUGACAAUCUAAACACUGGGUAGCUUUUUGUCAAGUGGUAAUAGGUAUUUACAUCCCAUUUGCUUAACAAAUGUAAGCAGGGCUAAGUGUCAUUUGUGUCUCUUACAUAGAAAGUGUGUGAUGAAAGAAGGCAGCUUGUUCUUUAUAAGAGUUCUUGUUGGGUUCAUAAUUAUGGCCAAUUUAAUUAAAAUACCCAAAAGAAAUACUGGGCAUUUUCCCUCUCUUCCAUUUUAUAAACACAAUCUAUUAAACUUUCUAUAAGACUUACAGUACAUAGACUCUUUUCUUUUCAAAAUAAUAAAAUUGGUUGUAUUAAUUCUUUAAAAGUCCAUGCAUUUGGUUAUGCCAUGUUUUAACAGCCUGCUGGGUGGCAAGCUGACUUUCCAAGGCACGCAGAAGUUCAGUGGUCAUGUCAAAAGGGAGUUUGUCCCAUUUGCCUGGACUUUUACAGGGGCAACACCCCAAAGGAAACUGAAUCCAGGCAGCAGAGCCCCUCCCCUCAGCCCCCCUCCCUCACCUUCCUGUGCUGCAACUCUUUCUUUACCCCCCACACACAAAGGCAGCAAACUGUCCCAGGAGGCAAACUUCAUUCUGGUCCUCCAUGCAGCUUGUUUCUCCCUGUGUGAGAUUAAACAAUGUGGGAAUGAAGGCUGUGGGUGAGGAAACACAUGGGGCAAACAAGAAGUGUGUUGUAGAGGAGAGGAGAUGGUGGAGAGCUGGGGAUAGAAUGGGUGUGUGUCCAGGCAACCGACCAACUGGGACCCACAGGGAUGCCUUCACUUGCUUUCAUCUGCCCAAAACAUCAAAAGUAGCCGAUUGGCCUGUGUUACAGAGCGAGCUCUGAAACUUUUGCCAUCAGUGGAACGAACUGAAUGCACGGCUUCUUCUGGUGUAGUGUAAUUCGAAAUGCUUAGAAGUGGAACCCUCUAGCCUUUCUUGAAAACUGCUACUACUGUUUAAAAAAAUAUAAACAAUGUGUAUGUGAAGAUUUUUAUCUGGUUCCAAUACAGGAAGUCUUGGGGGAGGGAGAGCUCCAGUAUGGUUAAAUCUUCCCUGCAGAGAAUUUAUAUUGCAAUGCUACUCGAGCUUCAAAGUGCCAGACCCCUGUGCAGUAUACUGUAAGCUGGAGGCAUGGUCCAAGCAGGGUGUGUGCAGUCUUUAGUAAAUUAUUUGGAGCUGGGCAACAGUGAAGUGCACAGCUUUUUCUGCCUUAGUACUGAGUUUAUAAAAUUAUGUAGCUAGAUUGUUUUUAAAUCCAGCGCUGUAGCUACCUGUAGCAUCUACCUGCCGCAGAAUUUGUAGCAUUUUGCGUGCCCUUACCAUUUUGUUAAGCUGCAGUUUGUGCAGGUGAGGGAACUCGUAAGCCAUGCAUUUUGACUUUAUGUUGCCGGGGUAAAGACAAGAUGGCUGCAGAUUCUGGCUACAAUCACAGCUUGGCAAUAAUGUCUAUGUUUAGCCUCGGAGCAGCACUUAACAAAAAUGAACCACAGUGCCAAGUCUCCUUUGGACUACUUAAGCUGAACGUGGCUCUAUCGUAAGACUGAAGAAUAUGGAUUUUAUCAAAGAGUGCCUACGCACUACUUUUCCACUUGCAAAAUUUGAUUUUCACCAAUCCACCCUACUUAUCCAUUGUCUGUAUGCCACUAUAGCCUUCUCUGUGUCCAGGACAAGUGCUCCUGAAGUUGGCGAAUUUCUGGAAUAGUGUAGUAUAAUACAGUACUAAGGACUUUGCCUUGGGGGAACAGAAGAAUUUCUUGGUAACACAAAGCCUUGCUUGAGUACAAAUCAAUUAUUUCAGGGAAUUAGCUUCAAGCUACUUCUGUUCAUAAUCAUAAAUAUUAACCCAACUGAGGCAUGCCAACUGGCCAAACUUUCCUAAACUGGUCUACAUAUGCAGUAUACAGAGGCAAUACAAUCAAUCAAUCCAGUGUGACUACUCAGCUAUGAUUUUAAAAAAGCCUCCACCUGUCUGCAAAGGAGAAACUGAACAUGGCUGGCAGGAAAAAAUGCUUGGCUAGAGCCUAUUUACAGGGCAUUUUUACAGGAAACAGUAAACAAGUUUCCCUGGGUGCAAGUUCAUUUUUGCUGGCAUCCAGUCAUCUCGUACUGCUGCAGGCAUAGACCAGGCCUAAAUCAUGCCUCUCCCAAGUUAACACAAAGCUUUUUCUGAGUAAAAAAAAAAAUAGCGACACUGAAUUUUACAUUUCAAAAGUUACUUCCACAUUCAUGAGCUCACAUUUAAAGGCUUUGACCUACAUAACCUGUUAAGUGUAGCAAAAUGCAGCCUUCUUUUUAAAAGCGGUGAUUUAUGCUGUCCAGUUGCAUGGUUAGGCUGUCUCAGAUUACAAGAAAUGUGCACUAGCUUGAUCCAAUUAUUUCACUAAUCUUUUGGGCAAGAUUAUAGAGAACAUUAAAUAGGAAGGAAUCUGGUUUAAGCACACGCAUUGCUUUUUCUGUGUAACUUGCACUGUAUGUGUACCAAGUGAGCCACUAGUAAUAUCAGGGUGUUUCAAGUUUCUCUUGUGAAGUUGAUGGUGGACAUAGAAAGGUAAGUAGGAGCAACUGAAUCUUAUUACAACUAUUUCAGAAAAUAGUUUUAUUUCAUUUCCGAAUGUUAGAGUUCCUAAGCUAAAAUGCUUUUAAAAUGUAUCUUUACACAUUCUUCCUGCUUUCACUAAACAUGGUAUCAUUUGUAAUUUGGCACCACCAUGUGGCAGCAUGGAAAUAAUAUGGCACUAAUGGCUAAAUAAAUGUCCCAAAUGUUUCAGCAACCGGAGAAAAUAAAGAGGAGGAAUUGUCAAAUAAGGCACAGUUUUUUCUCUCUCUGGAAGUACAAUAAUGCAGAGAGAUCUAAAUCAGAAGCCUUGAAAACCAAAACUGAUUUUCUUCAAACUGUGGGGGGGAUAGGUAAUAAAUAGACUUGUUCAUAGUCAAACAAGUAGAAUGUUACUGUUCUAUUAACUACAUUGUAUGGCUUUAUACAAUUGGAAAAUGUUUUCAUCUCAGAAAGUUUGUUAAUGAAAUCUUUUAACUGUUUUCGAACUACCCAUUAACAAAUUACUUUAUACCAUACUUCCUCAAUUCAUUGGAUUAACCUGAAUCAUGGAAAACCAGAAAUAAACAUCCAUAAUAGAAAGAUCAGAAGGAGUGAGUUGACUGUGAUAUGGUAGGGCUUUGAACUGGAAUUCCAACUGGGAGUCCUGUGCCACUGAUUCGGCAGUGUAGCUUGGUGGGCAGACCGUCAGGCUGGGGAACGGGAGAUCCAGGUCUAGUUCGCACUUGGCCAUGAAGCUCACUUGGUGACUUUGGGCCAGUCAUUUGCUCUCAAUCUAACCUACCUUGCAGGGUUCUUGUGCGGAUAAAAUGGAGAUAUGUAAGCAGCUUUGUGUUUCUCACAAGCAGAAAAAAGGUGUGUUAUACAUGCAACAAGAAUUCUAUGCCUCCCCCCCACCACCUGCAUCCAGUAGUGAUGGAAGGCCAGAGCACUGCACCCGUAGAAAAUUAAAGUGGUCAGAAACACUUAAGAACCAAUUGCUGCAGCGUAUCAAUGAAAUAGCCAAAUAGAAUACAGCUGAACGCUUCUAAAACAUUUAAACCCAUGGGCAAUUUAGAACAAAGGAGCGGGCAAGUUCUGUUUCAGUUAUCUAAAUUUUACUAUACAACUUAUUUAAAAUAUAAAGGAUUAUUUCCCGGCCUUCACUAAUAGUUACUAAUGGACUACAUUAUAACCUUGGUUAAGCCUGUAAUCCCCACCUCAUUAAUUUGGUGAUUAUUAAGUCGGACAUCUAGAAUACCCAGUCUGGUGUGAGGACUACCCUAAGAGCUAGACUGGCAAAGGCUGGGGGACGACCACAGGAACAGUAAUGUCAUACUGGCUUCCUCCCAAGCUGGCAAAGCACAUCACUGAAUACAAGUGAGGCUCUUCCAGUGUGUGUGCCAGUACCGGUCUCUAGGUAGGUAUUACAUUUGUGCAUUUCCUCUGGAAGGCUUCAUUCACAUGCACGAAUAGGUAGUAAGUUCCAUUGCCCAGUGUCCAAUAUUGGCCUUUCUAUCUUCGCUGGAGCAGGCAACUGUACACCCAAUUCUAGGUGACAACAGAAAACAAAAAGCAAGGCCUGAAGAGUCAAAAGCCAUGGCUGUUGUGUGCUAGUGCAGUGCACCGAGUCAAAGAUGAAUAAACACUGGACAGUGUAAAAUAGAAGUUAUCCUAUCAUACCCUAAUAAUUAAGGUAGGUUGAAACAUAGGAGUUUAUAGCUGGGCUAGUCACCCGGUAGGCUGUGUGGCUGUACAACAAUUAAAAACUGGUCUGCUUAUCCAAGUUUCACCAACCAGUUAUUCACCAACCAUUCCAACUUCUCUAGUAAUUAACAUAGCUCUUUUGACUUGUAUUUGGAAGCAUUAUUUAGGUGGAGAAACACUUGGUGCUGUGAUCUUCUACCUGUACUGUGACAUAGGGCACAUUUACCCCUGGCACAUUUUCACUUCCACAACUGCUACCGAUUCAAGGAAGCCUCAGGAGUGACAAGUGAAAACGGGGCGUUAGUGUCCGUCCUCAACAGGAAACCCAAGUGAACUUACCUGCAGCUUUAUGAUUGGUGAACGCCACAACAUUUCCACUCCCAUUUUUAGUACACAUCAUCCUGGUUAUGAGGUGACUGAACCAUACGGAGCCUGAGACUUAAGCUUCUGCUGAAAUGGUGAAGAGGCUCUAAUAAGGGGUCAUUCUGGGUCUUUAGCGAGAAACCAGCAGUGGAUUUUUUUCGUAAGUGAUAGCAUGCUCACACUUUCUCUACUGUCUGGAAGAGGGAAGCAGGAAGCUGUACUGUGGAAAGUUGGCAGGCUAGUCCAGACAGUAGAUUGGGGGCUUUACCCCUUCUUUAUCAGGACAGCCCUAAGCUGGACAUCAAGCCCUAUCCUAUCACCCAUGUAAGCCUGGUCUGCCUGGAAAAGGAGCUAGCUGUCUGACAUAAAACUGCAGACCAGUAGCUGGACGGAAAUAAGGUAACUGCCUCUCCCCCAAGCACUACCAUGUGAUUGUGGUAGCACACACAACAAGACACAGAGUUGUAAGCUAUGGCAACGAUUUUAGGUUAUGGCCCCAGGUGGUGGUUGGUGGACUCUUGCUAGAAAUCUGUCCUGUAAGGUACUAAACUUUGCUGACCUGUUGACACUAAGCCAGUCACGUGUGGAGUUCUCCUGAAACUAGGCAGACUCCACAGUUUCACGCUCUUGGCUAACAUGGGGCAACUCUACCUAUUUAAAUGAUGACUCAGUUCCAGAUUGUUUCCCACUGCACACAUCAGAUGUGUGUUGAGUCUGCCAUAACUGAAAAACAUAGAAAUGAAUUCAACUGCUAAUUCAGCUGAUGGUUCUCUGUUCCUGUUUCUUGUAUGGAGUACCUUUAUUAUCCGCUGUUGUGGAAAUACAAGGUCUUGGAGAUGAUGGAGCCACUGGUCUCAGCCAAUGUGGUUAAUGAUGUUAAUGAUCAUGAUUAUGAUAAACUGGGCUGAAUAAAGCAUAAGUCCAAUCCUCAGGCAAAGGUACUGUACAGUAAUUUGCUAUCUUCUGAAGAAAUCCACUGGAUAGCUGUUUCAUAUUUGACAAGACUCCUUUUAAAAUUAAAAAAUAGGUUGACAGAAAGCAAAUCUGGUCUAAAUAAGGGUAUGCCUGCGCAGUGGCAUUCCAUGCUUCCAACUUCACUGUUUCUAUGCUUAACUGUAAGCAACAUUUCCAAAACCAAGUGUACUUUUACUGGCUCGCAUGGAAGCUGUUACUGGGUGUAGGAACUGCAACCUAUGCAAGUUCCAUGGUUGCCCGUCUCUGGUGGUGAAAUGCAAGUGGACCAUCACAGAUAUGUGCACUUUGAGUGUUGUGGCACACAGGGUGCAGCUUUGCUUUUCUUUGAUGGCACUGUGUGUGCGCAGACACACCAAGCUCAGUAGGGACAUAUGGCCUCCAAAAGCUUUCACUGGCGCCAGCUCUGCCCACAGAACAGAGUAGAAGGAAACACUCACUAAAGCCACCUCUGAAAUGUUUGAGGAGAGACAUUGUGACAAUUUUCCUGGAACCAUCGGUUAUUGUGCCAUGAAAGCAAGCAGAAGUAACAGGUGUUGAGCAAGUGAGAAAGAAGU